UAUAAUUGGGCAUGGCUCAUACUUGACAUUUGCUUGUCAAGUUUAUGAGAUCAAACGAAUUGUUCCAUUGGAUUGCACUCUAAAUAAGCGUUAAUUGGCACGGUGCUCUGUUAGACCGGCUAGUUCCUUGAUCCUGGCUGUAAAUUCGAGCAAUGUCACACACACCUUUUUGAACAGUAGUAUCCACAUAAUUCCGAUGUACUUCAAGUUGGGUUGAUUUUUUGUGCCUACUAUCUAUUGCAUCUCAAAUUCCCAUCAUUUCCUUAUUUCUCAUCAUGAGCAGCAUUUUACGUGUUUUUUCCGGCGGUGAAAAACGGCAAAUUCCUCGAGGCCAUCCUCGUGGAUCCCCGUUUUCGUCCUCGGUGUCUGCCCUUGUCAUUUCACUCGUGCAUUGAGACUAAGACCGAACACAACUCAAGAAGUCGAGUGAACGUCAAGUUUGCCGAAGGCUGGACAAGGAACUAGUUACAGUGGCAGAGUAACGAUCAGAAUUGCUCGGUAUCUUUGCCGGACGAAAUCACAGCAAAUCGCCUUCAUCAUAGAGGUGGAAAUAUUUCAAUUUCCAACGAAGGACACCCGCGUUCAAGGUACUCCUGCGCAAAUGCCAAGGCAGAUUUUGCCGUCCAAUCAGCUUCCUUAUCAUGACAUUCAUCAUAGCGAAAGUAUGAAGCACGUGGCUUCUCUUCACAGCAGUGAUUCACUAGUCUCAUUCUGAGGUGUGACAGUGAAUCUAUCUCGCCCAGACAAGUCCAUUCACAAGAUGUCAUCCGUUCAGCAGCAGCGGAUCCCUCUGCGAGGAUCUGAUCUGAGCAUCGACCUCUUCACGGACUUACUCAGGGAAAUCAAGACCAAAACUAGCAUGAAUAGUGCGGAAGUGAUCAAAGAGGCCAUUCGGCAGUGGCGACUCAAAACGCCGUUUCUCAUUCAAGAUUGCACAGCUCGCAGCCGAUCCGGAAUGUCAAGAAACUUCCACCUCCAAUUGCUCAGCUCCUACGAGAACCAAUGCCGCAUCAGCGUCGAUCUUGAGAUGCUCAAGCGAGAUGUGACACUCAAAAGCAUAUUGAACUCGCAAGAUGUACACCGUAACGAUUUUUUGCUCGAAGCUUUGAUCCUACUCCUUCAGCAGGUGUGGGAUACGAAUUACAAGGUUGACAAGACCAGAAACUACUCAGGACACGCCGAGAGUGAUUCUUUGAUCGGACACCGCUCGUUCACUCCAUCCAGGGUUGGGUCAGGUUCCAAGAUCUCCAAUGGGACUUCUCAGUCUCGAGCGACAUCAUUGCCUCCGAAAGAGGUCCAAAUUGACCUGAAGAGUCAUCGACACGCCUCGAACUCAACCUCUUGGCGACAAAAGCUCAGACAACAACAGUUGACAGAGACUCAAAGGCUUCAGGAUAUGGUAUGGAAAAAUUCCAGAUAUCGACGAGAAUUUUCCGUUGACGUCGACCCUAGGCCCAAGGUCCACAUCCGGUCUUUUGGGACCCCAACCGAGAGAACCAUAGAGAAAUGGACUCCGGUUCAUAAUUGUGCCAUUACAAGGUCAAAUAAAGAGAAUGUCAUCCCUGAGCCAUUAAAAUACAUGGAGCAACUCCUCAAGAUGCCUGAAGAGAACUUGUCCCGAGUGCGUGAGAAAUACACCUUGGAUUGUGAUCACAUCCCCAUUCAAACCCUGAAACAAAGACAAGAUCAAGCUGAUCAACUUCUCGUGUACUUGAGGGUUCAACCUCCAGAUAGCCGAGAAGUACCUGGUUAUGAAUAUUAUUUGAAUCAAGCUGAACGAGCUCGAGAAGGAGUUGAUUGUGACGAAAUAUUCCCAGGGAUCAUCUUGGGCAAUGGUGCCACAUUGAAACGAGUCGAUUACUUGAAGAAGAUUGGAAUUACGCAUAUCUUGAACGCCGCCGAAUUUCGAGGGGUCAACAUCAACAACGACUUCUUUCAAAAGUCUGGAGACCAAUUUGAUUACAUGGGCAUUCGCAUCGAAGACACGCCCCAAACUCAAAUUUGCAGACACUUCGUGAAUGCUGCCGAAUUCAUUGACAACGCGCUCCUGACCGAGAAUGGCAAGAUAUAUGUCAAUUGUGUGUUUGGGAAAUCUCGCUCGACCACCUGCAUUUUGGCAUACCUCAUGAUAUGCCACGAUUGGCCGGCCUUGAAGGCCUUGAAACACAUUCGAAGUCGAAGGCCAGUGGAGAUCAAUUCUGGAUUUCGAACUCAAAUCGCAGACCUUGAGUAUAAGCUCAACUGGUUGAGAAAGAACAAGAUUUGACGAAAUGGACAGGUUCUUUUCUAUUUUUCAAACCGUUCCAAUUUAACGCAACGUCUUGUUUGCACUGUUAGCAACCUCUCUUUUCUUCAUCCAUUGCUCAAAAGGAGCACUUUUAUUGUUCAGCCUAUGUCAAAAGUGAUUAUUAUCUAAGUUUGCUCAUUAUGAAUGCCCAGAAAUCUGACAAUCUCA